GAUGGCUCCCGCUCAGCCAGAAUUGAAAAAGUACCUUGACAAGAGGCUGUUCGUGCAACUGAACGGCAGCCGCAAAGUCAUCGGUGUCCUGCGCGGCUACGACGUCUUCCUGAACAUUGUCCUGGACGAGGCUGUGGAGGAGAAGGAUGGCGGCGAGAAGGUCCGACUUGGCAUGGUCGUGAUUCGUGGAAACUCGGUUGUGAUGCUGGAGGCCCUCGAGAGGAUUGGCGGCGACGAUAGGCAACACCGGGGUUAGAGAAAAAGCUGGGAAGCCAUGGUUUUUGGAUGGAAGAUCACAGCUCCUAGCGCACCUAGAGCCAUCAUGGGUAUGCAGCCAUUGAGCCGUAUGGAGUGGACGGUGUGUUCUUAGGUCCAACCUAAUUCUUCCGAUUUCUGGCACGAUGCGAGGGAGGGUGCAGCGAGCACCAAGCAUUGAACAACCCACGCGAGAGGGUCGACACGGCUUAACAUGCGGUACCGUCCGCGUUUAUCCCGGUGUAGUGCCUAUCUCACUGAGCCCAAAUCUCACGAUACCCGUCCGACUUCGCCGCAAGAUCGGAUGUUGAAGCUCAACGACAGGAUGAGAUAUCGUGUGGCCUCUGACCUCUGGUGAAGAGCAUUUCACAUCGUUUAGCAAUAGAGAGUGGUGAGACACAACAGAUAAAAGAAAUCUCCAAAAGCAAUUGAUAACCA